CGAUCGUCUCCGGAGCAAGUGUCUCGCUGUGGUCCUCUCUUCCUUGAAACCUCACCAUGAAGCUGUUGAUGCUGCUGGCGCUGGCGGGGCUGGCGAGCUGCAGCACAACCCUGGUCGGAGGCGACCGCGCCAGGGACGUCUCUCUUCGCUACAAGUACUACGACGACGACGGCAGGGAGAUCCAGGUGGAGGUGGAGGCCGAGAGGCUGGGACUCGGCCUCGUCGGCGGGGCGCCCCGGAAGGCCGCGGUCGCCGCCCCUGCCCCUGCCCCUGCCCCUGCCGCCCGCCUUGCCCCCGUGACCGCCGUCCCUUACUUCGCCCUCCGACCCCGUGCGCCGACAAACUUCGCCCCCGUGGAGGUCACCCAGGUGCAGACCCGCUUCGCCCCGGCCACUCGCAAGGUCGUCCCCGUCCUGCAGCCGCAGGUGAUGACUCGCUUGGUCAAGGUCGCCCCGGCUCCCCAGGUCACCCGCUACGUCCAGGUGAAGGCUCCUAGGACCAGCUACGUCAGACUGGAUGACGACGACGACGACGACGAUGACGACGACGUCCCGUUCGUCUUCCGCCCAUCGCGCCCCGUCGCCCCCCGCGCCACCGCAACCGUGCAGCGCCUGGCGACCCUGCGCUCCUCCCUGGCCGCCCUCGACAGGGUCCCCGUGGUCCCCGCCCGCAGGGUCUCGGACAGCAGCGAUGAGGAUUAGGCACGUGCUCCAGCUUGCACUAGCUCCUCUCUUUA